UUUUUAAAAAGUUUCAAAAUACAGAUCACACCAUAUGGUUUAUGUCAUUAUCACUUUUCAAAACCUCAAGAUCAAAUUUUUCGACGGCAAAUAAGUGAUUGUAAAAUGGAUGGCAUUCGCAAUUUCACGGCAAUCGAUGACCUCACGCGUUUUCACUAUCAACAAAAUAUUGAAUACAUACAAAAUACAAGAAUUAGAGCGGAUAUUAUCAAGAUUAUGGCUGAAGAAAAACUGUCUUUUACAAGUUCAUUGAUUCAAGAUUGGAGUCUCAUUAUGGAAACACAGUAA